AUGAUAAUGAUUACAGUUAAAAAUGGAGCUCCUCAUCUCAGUGUAGGACACAAAAAGUAUGAAAGUGAGAUUACCUGUAUUUGGGCUUCUCGAAGGUCUAUGACUCCAAGUAUUCCGUGUGGAGGUUCCCCCCUUCCCUCAUCUUACUGCUCCCAGCUGGAGAAAUCCAUGUGCGCUACUUCCUGUCCAGGGAGAGAGGUGUCUGUAGAUGGAAAUGCUACUGAAAGGUGGUGUCUCCUUGGAGAAAUGAAGCUCACAGGCUCAGCUUCAAGACAUCAAACUCCGCCCCCACAAUCCAGCAACCGCACUGAACAAGGACAAACACGGGGCCGGGUCAUCCAAAUGAGGGAGGAUUAA